GUGAGGCACAAACACAAAUCUUGACUGCGGACACUGAGCUCAGAGCGGAGGAGAUAAAACAUGGGGGUGUACAAUGAACAAGGGGCGGCCCUGCAGGAACCCGAGCCCCGCCACAUACUGAUCAAAGACAGCAAAGGAGGGUCCCCACGCCGCCGUCGCCACAUGUCAUCCCCCCUCUCCCUUCGCAGACAGCUCAGCAGACUUCCCCCCAAAGAUGUCCUCAGUGACAUGAUGUUUGUGGUCGGGGGAUGGACCCCAGAUGACCCGUCCUGUUUGGUAGAGCAUUUUUGUCCAGAGUACAACGAGUGGAGAACAGCAGCACGCAUGGUCAACAGUCGUGGCAAAGUGGCCGUUGGCACGCUGGAAGGCAAGAUCUACACAGUGGGUGGGGAAGAUAAUGUCCGCUGUUACAGCAGUGUGGAGAGGUAUAACCCAGACACGGACAGCUGGAGUACAGAUGUAGCACCCUUGAGCAGCCCCCGCAGCGGAGUGUGUCUGGUGGAGAUGGACGGAUACCUGUACGCUAUUGGAGGACACGACGGCAUCACUGCCAUAAAUACUGUGGAGAGGUAUGAUCCAAAAAUGAACACCUGGAGCAAGCAGACAGCCAUGCUGACCAGACGCACCGGAGCUGUGGCGGCUGUGCUGGAGGGGCACUUGUAUGUGAUCGGAGGGAACGAUGGCGAUAUGGCUCUUAACUCAGUGGAGCAAUACAACCCUGUAGAUGGUACCUGGUCGAUAUGCGCCCACAUGCUGAGUCCCAGGGAGAACGCCGGCUGCACCGUUUACCUGGGACACAUCUACGUGGCCGGGGGCAAAGACGAGCUCAACCUGCAGCUCUGCGGUGCUGAGAGGUUUGACCCGCACACCAUGAGGUGGACUCCUGUCAAACGGAUGAGGAGCAAGAGGGCUGAUAUGUCCCUUGUCGUCUUCAAUGGUGCCUUGCUGGCUGUGGGAGGCUCUGACGGUGUCACCAAUCUGAAAACAAUAGAAGCUUACUGUCAUGACACCAACACAUGGAGACACUUUGGAAGCAUGAAGAGCAAGCAUCCAGGAGGCAGAGUGGCUGUGCUGUGCUGA